CGACGGCACCAGAAGUUGCUUCGUGGGAUAAAUGCGGGUUACAUCUGGUCUUAUCAUACGUUUGCUUCAGCGGACGGUCUCAUAGCAUUGCUACCUAUGACACACUGGUCUCUUCAGGAGACACUGACAUUCUCGGGAUUCCAGGCCCUAAGAAGAAACGACCAUGCAGAGCACUUCGACAAGCGGUGACCUUCUAACUAGCCGAGAACAAAGAACAGGCAUCCAAACACCCCUACAAGAUGAUCAAAACAUCGAAACUCUGAAAUGGAAGGCCCCGAUACGCGAUAACAUCGUAUACUCUCCUUACCUGGAAAGGCCUGUGCCACGUGUGCCUAUACACGUCGCAGUAAGAGAUGCUCUCCAAAAGUUAGGCCCACAGAUUGCCAUGAUAGACGGAAACGUGAGCAUCACUGCUGCUCAGCUUAUUGAGAAAAUGGAGGCUUACGCGGCCACAUUUCGAUCACAUGGAGUGAAGACGGGAGACCGCAUUUGCUGUCAUUUGUCCAACGGCAUUGAGUCCUUUGCAGCUCUCUACGGUGUCAUAUUCGCAGGAGCGGUUGCCGUACUUGCAGAUGAUGAGCUCACAAAAAAUGAAGUGCUCUUUUACGUAAAGGAUGUCAAGGCUGAAUAUGUUCUCACUGACAAAAGAAACGCUGAGAAGUUCGAGGAUAUCCGGCAAACCCUCAAGAGGUGCUUUCUCAUAGGCAGCGAUAUUCCGGGAUUCCAGUCAGUCUCCAAGCUUCAAGCUAUGAAAGAGAGCACCUCGCAAGACAUUCACUACAUGGGAGCAACCGAAAUGUGGCCUGCUGCCAUUUCUUUUACUUCAGGCACAACGGCAACUCCCAAGAAAAUACUGAUUACGCACUACACGUUUGUAUCCAGUAUUACCACUUUGAGGUCUUCUCAUCUGCUACAGUCUGGAGACCGAUACGUAAUCUUGGAGUCCAUGGCACAUGCAUUCGGCUUUUACUUCAACAUGUAUGCUGUGUGUCUUGGAGCGACGAUUGUCGUGACACCGAUGACCCCAGAAUCUGAAGAUUUGGCUGACUUGGUCGACAAACACAAGGUCCAAGUUAUUUGCUGUUUUCCGACGGCGCUAUCGCGGAUAUCCCGCGACCUGGACGCCAUGGGGCGUCGACUGAUGUCGGUGAGAAAGGUGCUCUGCACGGGAGCGCCCAUCCCACGAAACGUUGGUGAGCGGUUUCUCAGCCAUCUAAACCUAACAGACUUCAAGAACUUCCUCGGUUGUUCGGAGGGACUGUCGUCAUACUGCGUUCCACCACCGGGUGAAACCAAAUACGAAAGCGUGGGCUUUCCAUCACCCAACGUCCAGAUAAUGGUCGCUGACCCUAGCACAAGUGUAGCGCUGGGACCUGGGGAACAAGGUGAGAUUUGGGUAAAAACACCCAGUGUCACACCUGGUUACUUGAACCAAGACGACCAGCUUGAGUGCGUAGUGGAUCAGCAUGGUUGGCUACACACCGGUGACGUUGGAUACUACAGCCAAGACGGACGAUUUUUCGUGAUUGAUCGGCUCAAGAACAUUAUCAAAUGCCAAGACUUUAAGGUGGCUCCACGAGAACUGGAAGCUAUUAUUCUCAGGCAUCCAGCAGUUCUUGAAGCGUGCGUCGUAGGCAUCCCGGACGAAAAAGUUUGCGAAGCACCUACAGCGUUUGUUGUGAGCAGGAAAAGCGCGCUUGGUGAUCCACUUGUCACGGAAGAUGAACUGGUGGAUCUUGUGGCGAGCCAGACAAUGUUCUACAAACACCUACACGGUGGAGUCGUGUUUCUAGACGAGUUGCCCAGAACAGUGAACUGUAAAACAAACGUAAAGAAGUUGCGGCUCUUGAAACCAUCUACACACGAUGCGAAGAAUUGAAGAAGAACUGAACACAAUGUAUCGAUCGAAAGUCUUAAAGGGCCGCCAUUGAAAACCACGAAUCCCUCGUUUUUGCUGAUUAAACGAUUAU